UGGGAAGAUUCAAGUAAAACAAUACCAAGCGUAUUAAACUUAAUGUCUAGAUCAAGUAGUUUUCUGUAAAGUUGAGUAGGUCUUUCGAAUUGUUCCAUCUAGGGUCGGCCCCGUAUGAUGUAGUAGUCUAGUACGAAAACAAAACAUCUGUCCAAUGUCUCCUGGUUUUCAGUAGCUACGUAACUAAAAUCACUUCCUGGUAUACAUUAUGAAGCUUGACCAUCUCAGAUCAUUAUAAAAUUAGGUGUUCUAUGUAUUAAAGAUACAACACACUGUAACUUUCAAAUAAUGUAUAAUAGAUACUUUCAUCUAUCGUCACUGUUCUUUUUCAUUUUCUAUCAAAUAAACAAGAAAUUCCUCACCACUCGACCAUUGUUUGCACUUUUAAUUCUUGGAGUACCAGCAUUAAUGUUCAGUGGAAUUAUCUACUUAUGUUGUUGUUUGGACGCAAAGUAUGCAACUUAUGAUGACGGUGAAGAUGACCAACUUUCUAAUUACGGCAUUUACCAUAAAGCAUUAUCAAAUCAAAAGAUUAUUGGCACUGAUAAUUCCACUGGUGAUAGAUCAAUUAUCGACUCGAAUUCAAGCUAUUUGGAUACUACUAGUAGUAGCAGCAGUGGUAUUAGUGUCAACGCAACGAAGACUGUUCAUUUUCGAGAUAUGCAUAACUCUCCUCCACGUCGACGAUAUCGUCAUGAAGUUUUGCAUAACAGCAACAAAAAUAUUCAAAAUAUUGGUCCUGUUUAUUCAGAGGAUGAAUUAAAGAAAAGAAUUGAAGAUUCGCGUGCGAAAUUAAAGAAACAAGCAUAAAUGUAUUUUUAUUUCCAUUCAUUCAUCAGCACAGAAUUAUCACAAUAACCUACGUGCAUAAUAGUUUAUUUUCUCCAAUCAUGUAUGUAUCACACAUAUCAAUUUGUGUAGCACUGAUAAGCGUGUGUUUGAUGUGCACUAACUGGUUUUGUUUUUUACAAUAUCUUGAUAUUACAUAACCUCAUUAUCAUUCUUCUGGAUGUUUUAUUCCAGUGAAAAAAACGAUAACUCAUAUUUAUUUCUUGUAUCUUUGAACUUUAUUACUCAAUGUAUGCAUUUAUUCAUCAUAUAUUAUUCUUAAUAUUGCGUUAUAU